GGCAGCAGCACAGGAGAAAAGCAAAGACUUCUUUAAAAUGGGGAAUUACAAAUCCAGACCAACACAGACUUGUUCUGAUGAAUGGAAGAAGAAAGUUAGUGAAUCUUAUGCUAUUAUCAUAGAAAGGCUGGAAGAUGACCUGCAAAUCAAAGAAAAUGAAUUUCAAGAACUAAGGCACAUCUUUGGCUCCGAUGAAGCCUUCAGUGAAGUCAGUUUAAAUUACCGCACAGAGCGUGGCCUGUCCCUGCUACACCUCUGCUGUGUCUGUGGCGGCAACAAGUCACAUAUCCGUGCCCUUAUGUUAAAAGGGCUCCGUCCUUCCAGACUGACGAGAAACGGGUUUCCAGCUCUGCACCUGGCCGUUUAUAAGGACAGCCCGGAACUUAUCACUUCACUGUUGCACAGCGGAGCAGAUGUUCAGCAAGCGGGAUACGGUGGCCUCACAGCCCUCCACAUAGCUGCAGUAGCUGGGCACCCAGAGGCUGCAGAAGUGCUGCUGCAACAUGGGGCCAACGUGAAUGUUCAAGAUGCCGUCUUCUUCACCCCACUGCACAUUGCAGCCUACUAUGGGCAUGAGCAGGUAACCAGUGUCCUUUUGAAGUUUGGUGCUGAUGUCAAUGUAAGUGGUGAAGUUGGGGACAGGCCUCUGCACCUGGCCUCUGCAAAGGGCUUCUUCAACAUUGUGAAACUCCUGGUAGAAGAAGGGAGCAAAGCAGAUGUGAACGCUCAGGACAAUGAAGACCACGUCCCUCUACACUUCUGUUCUCGAUUUGGACACCACAAUAUAGUGAGCUACCUGCUCCAGAGUGACUUAGAGGUCCAGCCUCACGUCAUUAACAUCUAUGGUGACACUCCUUUGCACCUGGCAUGCUACAAUGGAAAUUUUGAAGUUGCCAAGGAAAUUGUCCAGGUAACAGGAACUGAAAGCCUGACUAAGGAAAACAUCUUCAGCGAGACAGCUUUUCACAGUGCUUGUACCUAUGGCAAGAACAUUGACCUGGUCAAAUUUCUUCUUGAUCAGAAUGCUGUGAACAUUAACCACCGAGGAAGAGAUGGGCACACAGGAUUGCACUCUGCUUGCUAUCAUGGCCAUAUCCGCCUGGUUCAGUUCCUACUUGAUAAUGGUGCAGAUAUGAAUCUAGUCGCUUGUGAUCCCAGCAGGUCUAGUGGUGAAAAAGAUGAGCAGACAUGUUUGAUGUGGGCUUAUGAGAAAGGACAUGAUGCCAUUGUUACACUCCUGAAGCACUACAAGAGACCCCAGGAGGAGCUGCCAUGUAAUGAAUAUUCCCAGCCUGGAGGAGAUGGCUCCUAUGUGUGUGUUCCUUCCCCCUUGGGCAAGAUUAAAAGCAUGACAAAAGAGAAGGCAGAUGUUCUCCUCCUGAGGGCUGAGCUACCCUCCCGCUUUCAUCUGCAACUCUCCGAAAUCGAGUUCCACGAGAUUAUCGGCUCGGGUUCCUUUGGGAAAGUCUAUAAAGGGCGAUGCAGAAAUAAAAUAGUGGCGAUCAAACGAUACCGAGCCAACACCUACUGCUCCAAGUCAGACGUGGAUAUGUUUUGCCGAGAGGUGUCCAUUCUCUGCCAGCUCAACCACCCCUGCGUGGUUCAGUUUGUGGGCGCCUGCCUGGAUGACCCCAGUCAGUUUGCCAUUGUCACUCAGUACAUUUCAGGAGGCUCCCUGUUCUCCCUGCUUCAUGAACAGAAGAGAAUUCUUGACUUGCAGUCUAAAUUAAUCAUUGCGGUAGACGUUGCCAAGGGCAUGGAGUACCUGCACAGCUUGACCCAGCCAAUCAUACACCGCGACCUGAACAGCCACAAUAUUCUGCUCUAUGAGGAUGGCCAUGCUGUGGUGGCAGAUUUUGGAGAAUCAAGAUUUCUGCAGUCCCUGGAUGAAGACAACAUGACGAAGCAGCCAGGGAACCUGCGCUGGAUGGCCCCCGAGGUGUUCACACAGUGCACGCGAUACACCAUCAAGGCUGAUGUCUUCAGUUACUCCCUGUGUCUGUGGGAGCUCCUCACUGGAGAAAUUCCAUUCGCUCAUCUCAAGCCAGCCGCUGCAGCAGCAGAUAUGGCGUACCACCACAUCAGACCUCCCAUCGGCUAUUCCAUCCCCAAGCCCAUCUCAUCCCUGCUGAUACGGGGCUGGAAUGCAUGUCCUGAAGGACGACCAGAGUUCUCUGAAGUCGUUAGCAAACUGGAGGAGUGCCUAUGCAAUGUGGAGCUCAUGUCUCCAGCAUCAAGUAACAGCAGUGGCUCUCUGUCACCUUCCUCUUCUUCCGAUUGCCUGCUGAGCCGGGGAGGGCCUGGCCGGAGCCAUGUGGCAGCCUUACGGAGCCGUUUUGAGUUGGAGUAUGCUCUGAAUGCAAGGUCCUACGCUGGGUGGUCCCAAAGUGUCGGAACACACUCUAAUCCGGGCCUGUCUUUGGAGGAGAUGAAUAGGGGCACCCAGUAUUCAACUGUUGACAAAUACGGCUAUGUGUCUGAUCCCAUGAGCCUGACGCACCUUCACUCCCGCCAGGACGACGGCAACUUUGAGGACAGCAACUGACAGGUCUGGCAUACACCUAAGGGGCGUCUCCCCAUCAGGCUGACGCAGUGAUUUUACCCACGGCAGGCUUGCUUCCAAUUAUAACGCCCUGCCCUCUGAGGUUUCUUCAAAUCAUCUUGCUUAUUCUAAGCUCGUUUAAUUCCCUUCUACAGGACAGCCUUUGAAUUGUGCCAAGCCUGAAGUGUCAAAGAACAGAUACAGAAUGUGUAUGAGCAAUUGUUUGAUAUUUAAAGCCCUUAAUUGCCUGGGGGUGGGGUUCAAGUCUGUGUAGAUGCCUAGGUUGACCCUUAUGUAUUCCUAGACCAAACUGUGUGGGCUUGCGUUUGAGGGUCUCCUGUUGGGUUUCUUAAAAAACAAGCUGGCUGACUUAUCUCCUGUUGCCUCUGGUGUUCCUUCUGUGAUUAAAGACUCUUUGGUGGUCUAG